AUGACGGCCUAUUGUAAUACGCAAGAUGCAAGAUGGAGACUCCCACCUCGGACGGUUCUUCAUCCCAAAGAUUCAAGCCAGAGGCUUCAAAUUGGUAUCAUAGGUGCCGGGAUCGGAGGACUGAUGGCAGCCGUUGCCCUGUUAGAGAGCGGCCAUGAUGUUGAGUUUGUCGUCGGGAAAAAGUACAUAUACUACGACGAUCCCAACAACAUUGACAGGACGCGGAUGGUGACAUGCACCGACUAUACCCCCAGAUACGGAGCCCCUUGGCUAUUUUUCCACCGCGUUGAUCUUCAUAAUGAGCUCAAGAUCCUGGCUACCGAGCCGACGCCAACCAGAAAGAGUGUUGCCCGCCUGCACCUCGGCGUCAAGGUGUCCGAUAUUGAUCUAGACGGGACUAUACACUUUGAAGGCGACGCGAGCGUCCGGAAAGACAUCCUUAUCGCGGCCGAUGGUAUACGAUCUUCCUUCAUCUCCAGGGUUGUGGACGAUCCACCGGAAGCUCAGCACUACAUGUCGAUGCUUCGAUUGAUGGCUCCCGUGGAGGACCUACGAGAUGAUCCGGAUGCCGUGGCUCUCUUCAAAGAUGGCUUGACUUCGAUUCGCAUCAGCUAUGGUAAAAUGCGAAGUGCCAUACUUUACGGCUGCCGAGGGGGCUCUCUCCAGAACAUUGGCCUGCUGUACCCCCCUGGACUUGCUCUAGAUUCCGAAGGCAACGACCUUUCGAAAAGAGAAGACUUUGUACACCAAGUCGUCGAGGGGUUCCCAAAGCCUAUACAAUCCGUCUGCACUCAGGCAAGAGGUGUCGGACAGUGGAAAGUCUUCACACGCAAGCCCCUUGCGAGGCUCGCCCGGGGUCGAGUGGUCCUCAUAGGAGACGCCGCGCAUCCCAUGCCUCCAGUACGCGCUCAAGGCGCGGCCAUGGCAAUCGAAGACGCCGCGGCGCUGGGCGUGCUGCUGUCGGCCCUGACGUCGAAAGACGAGAUCGAGACCCGGCUGGACAUGUUCAACCGGCUGAGGGUGAAGCGGGUGGCGGGGACGCAGACGACGUCUUCGCAGCACCGGUGGGAUCCCACUCUUGUUACCGAGGAGCAGCGACAGUACUUUGACGGCGACGUUCCGCAGACCGUGGAAGACCUGGAAAGAUUUAGUUACGACAACAGUGUUAUUCGCGAUGCAUUUGACCUGUUAGAAAGGGGCUUGAAGGGGGAUUUGUAG